GCUUUGCCUGCCUCUUCUGCUGAGCUUUGUCUGCGUCUUCUGCCUGUUCCUUCCAAGUUUUCCAGUUUCUCACCCCAAGUUGCUGCUAACAAGGUCUUCUCAGCAGCUCAUCCAUUUUGCAAAGCAGCCUGAGUUACUUUACAAGACGUCUCGAUCACCACUUGUUCCAUCACAGGCGCCCUCCGUUCCCUGUGCGAGCUCUGAUACACCAGCAGAUUAUAGAAGAGGAAGCAGGCUGUUUGCAGACGUGUGUGUGUUUUGAAAGAUGCAACUGGAUGAGAAGCUUGCUGAGGUUAUAGGCCUGAGUCCCGGUGCCGAAUGCCCACUAUCUGAAAAGGCAUUGAUUGAACUGAUACGGUUGCAAAGGGAAAAGGAGAUCACCAAACAGCAGUACUAUCGUCUGGAGAUCCUGGGACGCUCCACUGAGCUUCUCAACAAGUGUUUGCACGUUAACAUGCCACCAAACCUCAUCCCCACCGUGUUCUCCGGAGAGGCACCCGCAGAGGUUCAACAGGAACAGCAGCGUCAGGCUCAGGCCCGUGCUCAAGUCCAGGCUCAUCAACAGCAUAUCCAGCUAAGUCCACAUCCACUGGCACAUCAGCCGCCACCGCAGAUUCAACAGCUACAAUCUCCACAAGGACAAGCUUAUCAGCAGUUCCCACAGCCAUUACAACAGCAACAGCAACAGCAACAACAGCAGCACAACAUAUACAUGGUGCCUCAGCGGCAACAGCAACUACAACAGCAGCAACAGCAACAGACACAAUACGCAACCCACCUGGGACCACCUGUGAAGUUCCAAAGACCCCAUUCCCCUGCAAAGAUUGGUGCUGCUGCCGUAGCACAGCUAGAGAGGUCAAGGUUCCCGCCUUCGCCUAUACACAAGCGUACAUUAUCAACGCCAAUCACCUUUGGGCCUCAACUGACAAAGACGCCAAUACCACAGAUCUCAGUCACCAGUAGCCCCACGGCGCCGAGACCAGCUGCUCCACAACAGUCGAUGAUGCGUACGAUGAGCUCGAUACAGUUCAUCAAUGAAAACCCAGGAAGGAAGAGAAGACGUACAAGUGACACCUCAAAGGAAAACGUGGAUGAGGAAGGUGAAGCCACGGAGGAAGAGGAGGAGGAAGGCACGGAUGAGCCGAAAUCAGCGCCACCAGUUGGAAGAAAGAUCCGUCACGUUAGAGCAAGAUCAGACAACUUUGUAUUUGAUAAAAAGACCACUAAUCACAGCACCAUCAAUCAUCAAAGUUCCAAACCAACCGUUAAAGAAAUGGCCAAACGCAUUGAAGAGAAGAACUCUGCGGAGGAGCCCAAGAAGGGGUUCAAUGUUGAGCCAGAGAAGAAACCGAAAACUCCUUCAAGUGGGCCAAACUUUGCCAAUGAUAUCCUCAGCUCAGCCUAGGUGCACCUACAUUCGUUCCUUCAUAUAGUACAAUAUGACAAA